ACGGUGCUCCAGCUCGGCACAGGCAGAGUCGUCGUCGUCAGUCCUGCUUCAUCCACCGAACUGUAAAGAUGUUUCGUCUUUUAAAAUGUAGUGAACACUUAUCAGUGCGACAGUUUACUCGUGCCAAACAUACCGGAAAAGUGAUUGCUAUACGCCGCGAAGAUCAAUCAGUAUGGGAACGACGAGCAUCCUUCCCACCGGCGGUGGUGAAAAAGCUCAUCAAACAGGGCGUGAAGGUGAUAGUGCAACCGUCCAACAGGCGAGCCUACCCGAUGCAGGCAUAUCUUAAUGCAGGUGCCACCGUCCAGGAGGAUAUCAGCGAAGCAUCUGUCAUCUUUGGCGUUAAGCAAGUCCCUGUCGAUGCUCUGAUUCCACAAAAAACCUACUGCUUCUUUUCCCAUACGAUUAAAGCGCAAGAAUCGAACAUGCCACUGCUGGACGCUUGUCUGGAGAAAAAUAUUCGCCUCAUCGACUACGAGAAACUGAUGGACCGCAAUGGGCUACGGUUGGUGGCGUUUGGAAAGUAUGCCGGAGUGGCCGGCAUGGUUAACAUUUUACAUGGACUCGGUUUGAGGCUGUUGGCGCUGGGACAUCAUACGCCGUUUAUGCACGUUGGACCUGCUCAUAACUAUCGUAACUCUUCAAUGGCACGACAAGCCGUCCGGGAUUGUGGAUACGAAAUAUCGCUCGGAAUGAUGCCCAAAUCGAUCGGUCCGCUCACAUUCAUCUUCACCGGCUCCGGGAACGUGUCGCAGGGAGCUCAAGAAGUAUUCCAGGAGCUUCCGGUUGAGUUCGUUCCACCGGAAAUGCUUCGCAAAGUGGCCGAACACGGAUCGACUAACAAGCUGUACGGAUGUGAGGUGAGCCGUUCCGAUCAUCUCGAACGGCGCGAGGGUGGUAAAUUUGAUCCCGUUGAGUAUGAUCAGUAUCCAGAACGGUACAUUUCCACCUUUAGCAAAAACAUCGCACCAUACGCGUCCGUAAUAGUGAAUGGAAUCUAUUGGGCUGUGGGAGCACCGAAACUGAUCACUAUUCCCGAUGCGAAAAAUCUUCUCCGACCGGCUAAUACACCCUGGCUACCGACAAGCCGUGGGUCGCCAGCCCUUCCCCACAGGAUGCUAGCCAUCUGUGACAUUUCUGCCGAUCCGGGUGGUUCGAUCGAAUUCAUGAAUGAGUGUACCACGAUCGAUACGCCCUUCUGUCUGUACGAUGCCGACCGUAACAAGGAUCAGAAGAGCUUCAAGGGUCCCGGUGUACUCGUCUGCUCGAUCGACAACAUGCCCACGCAGUUGCCCCGCGAAGCAACGGACUUCUUUGGCGAUUUGCUGUACCCUUACGCACUGGACAUUCUCCAAAGUGAUGCUAAAAAGCCACUAGAAGAGCACAAUUUCUGCCAGCCGGUGGAAGGUGCUAUCAUUUGCAGUAACGGAAGUCUAACGCCGGGCUACGAGUACAUCAAUGAGCUUCGGGAGCUGAACAGCCGGUCGCGCCACAAGACGGAAGGAUCAUACGAGGGCAAAAAGCGAGUGUUGGUGCUGGGAGCUGGUUUCGUUUCAGCCCCGCUGGUAGAGUACCUGCACCGUGAGUCGAACGUUAGUAUUAAGGUAGCGUCGCAGUAUAAGGAAGAGGCUGACCGGCUGGCACACCGAUACCAGGGCGUGGAGUCGGUAUACGUGAACGUGCAGGACGAAAGUGCCAACUUGCAGAACCUGUGCGAGGAAAGCGAUGUGGUGGUGUCUCUGCUGCCAUACUCACUUCACAGUGUGAUCGCGAAGCACUGUAUCGCGGGUAAGACUCAUCUUGUGACUGCGAGUUAUGUGAACGAUGAGAUCAGUGCCCUGCACAGUGCCGCGCAAGAAGCGGGAGUUACGAUCAUGAACGAGGUGGGUCUUGAUCCCGGUAUCGAUCAUCUACUGGCACUGGAAUGCAUUCAGGACGUGCAGGAGAAUGGUGGCGUUGUUGAGUCGUUUGUUAGCUUCUGUGGAGGUCUUCCAGCUCCGGAGCAUUCGGAUAACCCACUGCGCUAUAAGUUCUCGUGGUCACCGCGAGGUGUUCUGCUCAACACACUAUCUGCGGCCAAGUACCUAAGCAAGGGUCAAGUCGUUGAAAUAUCCGGUGGAGGUGAGCUUAUGUCUGCACCUCGGGAGCUAGAGUUUCUGCCAGGAUUUGCGCUAGAAGGUUUCCCUAACCGUGAUUCGACCAAGUACCAAUCGCUCUACGGAUUGACAAACAUCAACACGCUGCUAAGAGGAACGAUCCGUUACAAGGGUUUCUCGGACACGAUUAAACCGAUGCAGCUGCUCGGACUGAUAGAUCCCAAUCCCCACCCGUUGCUGCAUCCUCACGGGCCAGAACUGACCUGGAGACAGCUGAUAGUGAACAUGCUCGGUCUGGCCGAUGCGGAUAUUUUCAUUGAAAACCUCAAGUAUAAGCUAGCGGAGCGCGUUGGUUCGAUCGAAGGUUUGGAAGAGCUAGGAUUGUUGGAAAAUGCGCCCGUAGUGAAGAUGGGCACACCGUUGGAUACGCUCAGCUAUUACCUAUCGAAGAAACUAGCCUUUGCGGAUACCGAACGCGAUCUCAUCGUACUGCGUCACGAUGUAGGAAUUCGUUGGAGCGAUGGACGACGGGAGGAGCGUGGCAUAAACUUUGUCGUUUACGGUCAGCCCGCCUCGCAGGGUGGUCACUCGGCGAUGGCCAAAACGGUCGGAUUUCCGGCAGCGAUUGCAGCGAAAAUGAUUAUCGAUGGCGAAAUCCAGCAGCGUGGAGUGGUGCUGCCAUUCUCGGCUGAUAUCUACCGACCCAUGCUGGCACGUCUAGAGCAGGAAGGUCUUACGGCGACAACCACUACGAAGGUUCUAUGAAAGAGGAACGUAGAUAAAUGGAAACAUCGUCCAGAUAGUGCGAUCGCAGGAUGUGU